UGGGCGGAGUGGAAUCAUCUGGACAGGUUGUGGAAGAAGAGCGUUGUCGUGGUAGCCUGCUGACGGCAGGCCGGCCGUCUCUGUCUCGUAUGAUGUCUCUGCCUAGCGACAGCUACAUGCUCCGCCCCCUACAGCCUCUCAGACACACCCGCUACCCUCCCAUUGGCCACGACACCUACAAGGGAUGCGGUUUCUCAGGUUCUGUCUAUUCCAUGGGUUCUAGCGGAGCAGGAUCCCUACUGCAGGUCCCGGGGGCGUUACCGUCUGGAAGCCACGCAUCCCUCAGCUCCAGGGGCUCCAGCUGCAGACCCACAGUCAGGCUCAGCCCCUCCCACAGCGUAGACAGACACUCCCUCUCCAUGGCGAGACACACCCCCAGGAGGCCUGGCCACGUUGACAGCAGACGGGCCUCUUAUAUACAUAGCCCAUCCCACAGUAUGGACACACAUAGUUACAGACUCAGCACUGCUCAGAGCAUCGACAGAGACUCCUCCCGUUACCUCGAUAGACGGGCCUCUUAUAUCCACAGCCCCUCCCACAGCAUGGACAGUAGACACACCCCUUAUAUCCACAACCCCUCCCACAGCAUGGACAGUAGACACACCCCUUAUCUCCACAGCCCCUCCCACAGCAUGGACAGUAGACACACCCCUUAUUUCCACAGCCCCUCCCACAGCAUGGACAGAAGACACACCCCUCAUAUGGAUAGACACACCCCUUAUAUCCACAGCCCAUCCCACAGCAUGGACAGUAGACACACCCUUUAUAUCCACAGCCCCUCCCACAGCAUGGACAGUAGACACACCCCUUAUGUCAGUAGCCCCGCACACAGUAGCAAUAGACACACCCCUCAUAACAAUAGACACACCUCUCAUAUGAGUAGCCCAUCCCACAGCAUGGACAGACAGCCUGAACCCAGAUCCUCCCUCAGUGUGAGAAGACAGCUGAGGAGACAGGAGGCGGUGCGUUGUGACUCUGAGGACCUGAGCUGCAGUUCCACCCACGAUCUGCGGGGGAGCACCCACCUCACCGUACCCAGCAUGCACCUCUCACCGCUACCCAGCCUGCCCCCUGGUGGUAACACACACCCGGACGUACACCACCCCUCCUCGCCGUCCCGCGCCCCCCGAGGACUCACCUCCAGCGCACACACACUCCGCCACACACACACCGUACACACACUGCGUCACACACACAGUCAGAGGGUCAUAUCUACCAGAGGACACAGUAGGAGCCACAGUGAUAGCGGGCCCCAGCGGCCCCCCAGCCCUCAGACGACAGACAACCCACAGACACCCCAGAGGCCUGAGAUACCCCAGACCCCAGGUCCCAGCCUCACCCUCUCUCUCUGCUCUGGAGGUCCCAGCCUGUCCCUCUCCUCCCCCUCCACACCCUCAAUCCCCAGCCCCAACCUCGCCAUCUCUACUCCCUCCACUCCCCAGAGCCCUCAGAGUCCCAGUUCCAGCCCUGCCUUCAGCCGUGAUCCAUUUCCCCUGAGCCUCGGUUCCAGUCCUAGCCGUCUACCCACUUCCUUUCCAGAUGAGACUGAUGAUGAAGUCUGUCGCAUCACACACCACGCGUCCAGCCCCUCACACACACCUGAGCACACACACCAUGCGUCCAGCCCCCUACACACACCCUGCUCUCCCCACACCUCCCUCCACGCCUGCCUCUCAUUUGAAGAGGACCAGAGGAACCUGUGUCUCAGCAGCCAAUCGGCGUCUCCCGUUCGAGAGUGGACCAGGAAGCAGAGGAUGAGCCCGCCCUGCAUCUCCGUAGCCCCGCCUGCUGAAGCCCAGGUUUCCACGGUAACCCAGUCGACGGACAGCAGCAUGCAUCUGAGGAGGCGGACCCUGUCGGUUGACUCCGCCUCUCAGAGAGACUCUUUGGACACGAACCCAGCGGAGACACGCCUUUCUGUUCCCUUUCUCCAAUUGGACUCCAGCUUUAUAAGCAUCACGGUGGAUUCUGACCAAUCAGGAUGCUCGUUAUUGACGGACAGCGAAUCAACCGUCGAGGGGGAGGGUGAGGGGAGAGAAGGGGGAGGAGCUCGGAACUCUCAGUCUCUGCUGGGAUUGGUUCCCAACCCUCUCAGAAGGAGGAGCUUAGUGCGCAUGCUCAGCACACGGGAAGGAGAGGAGGAGGAGACUCAACCCUGACCUCUGACCUCUCAGAAAUAGUUUCCUUUCUCCAACCCUCCUCCUAGAGAGACUCUGGUGAGGCAGCAGGGUUUUAGUCCAGCCCUGUUGGAACAGGUCUGAUUCAGCCAAUCAGCUGUUGAUAAGGACAACCAUGACCUUUGACCCCUAACCCUUGACCCCCCCCCCCCGAAAGACUGCUGUGCUGUAGCCCCUCCCCCUGAGGAGCCGUAGCCCCUCCCCCCUGAUGUCAGAGUGUGACAUCAUGGUACAGAAUGAUAUGCAAUUGGACCCCCCACCUUCUCCCUCCCUCCCCCACCCAUUGGUGGAAACUGUGUGUCUGUUAGGAGACGAUAUGUGUGUGACAUCAUCAGAACCUCCGGCACUGAACACUAUACCUGCCAUUAGUCGACCUUUAACCAUGUCACCUUUAAUCACCUUUGACCUUUCACCCCUGGCGACAGCCUCCCGUCGCUGCAGGUGACGUCGGAGUCACGUCAUUUCCCCUGGAGGAACUUUCACCUUUAAUCACCUUUGACCUUUCACCCCUGGCGACAGCCUCCCGUCGCUGCAGGUGACGUCGGAGUCACGUCAUUUCCCCUGGAGGAACUUUCACCUUUAAUCACCUUUGACCUUUCACCCCUGGCGACAGCCUCCCGUCGGAGUCACGUCCUUUCACCUGGAGGACCUUUCACCUUUUUUUGGACCAUUUUUAAAACACGAAGAAGUUUGAGUAGCACUAGAUGUAACCACGUCACCUUUUAACCUUCGACCUUUAUCUGAUGUUUUUGUCUGUUUCUUCCUUAUUGUACAGCUUUUCUGUCAGGUCCUGUUUUAGUCCAGACACUUCUCCUGUCUCCAUGGUUACUACCAGACACAUACAUAGAGAAACAUGUUGUUAAAUAUAUGGCUAGAUAUAUGACUGUGGUUACUAUAACUAACUAACUGACAGAUUAGGAACUCUGUCACUUUAACUUACUAAUUACUAGAACUACUCUCUCUCUCUGUCUCUCUCUCUCUCUCUCUCUGUCUCUCUUUCUCUCUCUCUCUGUCUCUCUCUCUCUCUUUCUCUCUCUCUCUGUCUCUUUCUCUCUCUCUCUGUCUCUCUCUCUCUCUUUCUCUCUCUCUCUGUCUCUCUCUCUCUCUUUCUCUCUCUCUCUCUCUCUCUCUCUCUCUCUUUCUCUCUCUCUCUCUCUCUCUCUCUCUCUCUCUCUCUGUCUCUCUCUCUCUCUCUCUCUCUCUCUCUCUCUCUCUCUCUCUCUCUCUCUCUG